AUGGCCCCAAGGUACGAAAUCGCCGUUGGGCUCCAAAGGGGACACAAAACCACAAAAAUCGACAAAAAGAUCAACAAAGUUCGUCCCGCGAGGUUGAAGGGGAUCCAAACAAAGCACACAAAGUUCGUUCGUGAUAUUAUCCGAGAAGUUGUAGGUCAUGCCCCUUAUGAGAAGAGAGCCAUGGAAUUGUUGAAGGUUUCGAAAGAUAAAAGGGCACUUAAGUUCCUCAAGAGACGUCUUGGCACGCACAUCCGUGCCAAGAGGAAGCGUGAAGAACUUUCAAACAUCCUUACUCAAAUGCGUAAACAGGCUACUCACAAAUAAAUGUAAUAGUGUUCAUUUGAAUAAAAGUUAAGGACAGUUGA